AUCAAACUGGUCCUCGCAAAGUGCUGACACUAGUGUCCAGCAGGAAAGUAGAUGAAACAGGUUACUAACAUACCGUAAACGUUUUUAAUAUCAGAAAUUCUGGGAGGCUUCUCUGAAAACAACUUCUGUCUGAAGAAUGGCGUCAUCUUCUCUACAAAUUUGUGCAUUGCUACUGGCUUUAGCAGGAUUCUCCAUUUUACUUGUUACUACCAUAUCCAACAGAUGGAAGAUUUCAGACACCGCAACAGUGCUCGUUACUGCAGACUGGAUUUCUGAAGGUCUUUGGAUGGACUGUGCAGUGACUGCUUUAGGAUCAAUACAGUGCAAGAACUUUCUCUACAUGUUGAGUUCCGACACUCAUAUUCAGGCAUGCCGUGCCUUGAUGAUUUCUUCCAUCCUUUUGGGAUUCAUAGCUGCAGUACUCUCGCUGCUUGGUUUGAAGUGCACAAACGUUGGGUUGAGCGAUGAAGAUGCAAAAAUGAAGUUUGCUGUCACGGGAGGAUUUCUCUUUAUUUUAGGAGGUCUCUGCUCCAUGGUGGCUGUUUCUUGGUAUGCUGCGAUGGUUACUGCUCAGUUUUUUGACCCAUUGUACGCUGGAACCAAGUAUGAACUAGGAGAUGCUCUGUACUUAGGCUGGGCUGGAUCUGUUCUUUAUAUGCUUGGUGGGAUCUUACUGACCUGUUCAUGCAAAGGGAAGAAAAGACAGGAUUACAGUUGCAGCAAAUACGCAUAUUCAGCAGGCCAGGCAGCUCAUCAGCAGCGCAUUUACACCAAAAACUCUGAGACAAUCAUAAGCAACAAGGAGUAUGUCUAAACUUAUCUUUUACAUCGUUUGUAACGUUAGUAGGUUAUGAACUCAAAUAAAGAAGAGACUACUUCCAGGGUUCCGGUUCGAAGUUGCAAUCUUUCGUCUUAGUUUGGAACAGUACAAAGAGGAGGUACCGUUUUCAAUGUAAACAGGAAUAGUUUUCCGGGAAUGGUUUUCAAAUGUAAAUAGGUUUCUGCAGAAAAUGCUGUGAUGUGAAAUCCUGCGGCUUGAAGGUUUUCUGCACACUGAGAAGGCGGGUAAAAUUUAACCACAGAGUGCGGUGUAUCUUGUGACAAUCAAGAGCAACUGUUUCUAUUUCAGCUGACUCAAAAAUGCGGAACUGAUAUGCUGUAGCUGACUGCAAGUUAUUACGCCUCACAGUUAGAAAUGUGUUUUCAUUAAUGUUUAGCUUCCUGCUUUUAUUUAGCAGCUUUAGCUUUUGACAGGAAAUAAACUUUAUUCCAUAGACUGGCUGAAACAGAUUUUUUUGAUGAGUGGUAUCCUGGCCAUUAAUAAGGAUGUAGUCUACAUACUGUGGGCUUGAAGUCUCAUGUUAUUCUGAAAUUUAUAUUAUGUAUGAUAGUCGAGAUUUAUAAAAGCUACCAAAAAUUCCCUAACAACCACUCACCUCCAAAUCUGCAGAUGUACAACAAAUUUCUUGUUGGUUGUAAAGCAGAUACCAAAGAUAAAUGAUACAGAAUGAACCAAACACAGUUGGGAGUGGAGAAAGCAUCUGGUGCGAAAAUGCCUUGUGAUAACUAAGAAGAUGAUAGACUUGUUUUUUUUUAUUUUUAUUGCUAUGUUUUCAGCUUUUAAAAUAAUCCCAUUUUAACUUUGAGCAAUCUUUAACUUUUGGAACUUCUGCUGCAUCUGAAUUGUCUAAUUCAUGUAUUUCCCCAGUAGCUUUAUUCUCUGUCAUUGUUCCAUCAUUACAAUUUCUGCCUUAAACUACUCCACUGCUGGGAACAUAUGUUUGCCUUGUGUAAGCACUUAGAUGACGAUGAGCUAACUUUACUUUGUAUUGAUGCUUUGAGCAACGUGGAAUGGAAUUUCACACGGCAGGUUCACAGGUUUUAUAACUCAUCCCUUUUAAAUUACAAAUGUAUUAAUACAGUUUGACAAAAUACCUUGGUGUUUCUCUCUGCUUUUAAUGUCUAAUGAUAAACAUAAUUGUAGCCUGAUUUAGAUGGUUCCUGCAGCUUCCUUGAUAUCCCAAUAGAUAAUUUCACAGGGCAAGCAGUCUUAGCAGAAAUGAUUUAGCCAUGUUUCUUGCAUGCAGAUACAGCUGACUUGUAAACUGACACAUCAAGGCAUGAAUUGGGCACUGAUAGAUCUUGUUAGGCUUAGUAAGUAAAGCUAAAAGGAGUUAGGAUUACUUUUAGAUUGCCAGUGUCAUCUUCUUCCCUCCACUAUCAACUAUUGUUUUUAAAAUCAUUCCUUUGGUAUUUUGGAGACUGAUUUCAAAAGCUGAAAAGGCACUUAACUUGCAUGGUGGAAGCUGAACUCCUUACCAUCAUCUGUAUAUUCUGUCCUCUGGAUUUUUAGGUAUUUUGUUAUUGUUGAAUGUAAGGAAAAUGCAGAACUCAGGCAGAGACUAAGCAGUUCCAGAGUUAGUUUCCCACCAAAGGUUGUGUCAGCUCAUGAACAUGAAUUAUGACCCAGUAAGUGAGAUAGACAUUCAGAACUUCCUUGGUCUGGCAUCAGGUCUUCUAGUGAUGUCACUGGGAAGUUUAAUUAAAAACCAAGAGUAAAAUCCCUAUGUAGUAACUUAUUAAUUCGUUCAAUACGUUGUUAUCAUAUUCAGGGCCAUUCAGGGGAAAAUAAAUGCUGAAGAUAUCAUGCCUUUGUUUGUUUACAGUCCUUCCAACCAUUUUCUGUUUCUGCUGUUUCUCCCUGCUUAUCUGCCCCUUUCCCAUGCACCUUCAACGGUGACGCUCUGAAUGGAUUAGACGAACCAUCAACUCAGCUUGGGGAGUAAGGCAUUUUAUGUAUAGAUGAUAUAUGAAGUGAUUAUUUCAUUUUUAAAUCUGUAGCAAGCCACUUAAAAAUAGCAAUGCGUGAAGAUGUUUUAAAGAGAGUUAAGUCCUUUGCUCAGCAGAUCAGACUGCUUUGGUAUCUGCAAAUCUUCUUCAUACUUCUGCAGCUGAGACCAAAAUCCUGCAUUGGGUUGUGCUACUGGUCUGGCAGUCCUCACAGUCUAGGAAAAAGGAGAGACAUUGUAGAAGCAAGCGUGGCUAUCAUGCAAACGGAUUUUUUUUUUUUUUUCUCUUAGACUUUUGAGAUGAUUUACUUUGGUUUUGAUUUGGCUACAGAAUAAUAAACAGCUAUUUGGUGAGCUGACCUUGCUCUGUGCUUGCUAAGACCUCUUAGCAUGUGGUCCCUGUUACAAAAUGGAUUCAUAGGCAAGAGAUGAAAAGGAGCUCUUGAAUUUGCUGGAAAUGUGAAUGUCUCUCACAAAGUGUGGUGACGCCGCUCCUGUUUGAGAUAGCCUGGAACUGGCUCACGUGUCUGCACGCUUCUCUCUAGUACUGAGCAAAACUGUUACCUAGAUUAGAGACUUUAGUGAUAUAUACCUACCAAAUGGGUGAAGACUAAAAGACUGGAGGGCAUGAGUCGUGUAUUGGAUGGGCUUCCUAACAAAGCUGAGAUGGUAUUACUCGUAGCUAGCUAGUCCCUAGCUAUUUAGCACACCUGGCAGAUGCUGCUGCUUUGCUGCGUUGAGCUGUCAACAUCGGUGAUGAGAGCAAAUCCUGCCAAAUGACUUCUGCACACAUGCGCAUCCAUUUCACUCGUUUGCUUCAAUGCCUCUGUCUUUAACUUCACUUAUCAUGACUAAGCAAACAAUAGGGAAAAUGGUCACAAAACAACCAACUUUGCCUAUUUGCUACCAGUGCUUAAAUCCUAUUUGCAUUUGUAAUUAUAUUUGUCCUAGAAACCUCAUGCUGAAAGCUU